AUGGGGAACGGCAGCCGGGGCGGGCGGCGGGGCGGCAAGCCCAGUGCUGCCAACCCCUCACCGCUGGCCGAGCCACCCAGCGGGCUGGCUGCGGAGCUGUGGGUGCCAUGUGGCUUCACAGCAAUCUGGGGCCAAAUCUGUUCUGUUUCAGGACAAUGUAAAAACAAGUCUCCCUGUCUGCUUUUUUGGACUCCUUUCCUCUCUUUUCCAGCCCCCAAGUGGUUUGACGGCCAGCGGACGACACAGAACAGGCAGGGCACGCUGGCUGAGUACUGCUACACCUUGGUGAACCUGCCGCACAAGAUCUCCCGGUGCCUGCACGUGGUGAACUUCUUCAAGGUCAGGCCCGAUGACAUGAGCCCCGUCACAGACAGCCAGUUCAAGAAGCCUGAGGUGUUCCUCCUGCCAAAGGACUCCAAGAAAAACCCCACCGACAUAACGGGUCCCAUCGUCCUGCAAACAUACCGAGUGAUUGCCGACUACGAGAAGAGCUCCAGGUCCGAGAUGGAUCUGAAAGCUGGGGAGAUGGUGGACGUCGUGGAGAAGAGCGAGAGUGGCUGGUGGUUUUGCCAGUUAAAGAAUAAGCGGGGCUGGGUCCCAGCUGCCUAUCUGGAGCCGAUGGAUGGUCCCGAUGAAUCUGAAGAGCAGGAGCCCAACUACGCAGGUGAGCUCUACGUUGUCCAGAAAAGCUAUACAGCUGUUGAGGAGGAUGAGCUGACUCUCAAAGAGGGUGAAACUAUAGAAGUCAUCCACAAGCUACUCGAUGGCUGGUGGGUCAUCAGGAAGGAUGAAGCCACAGGUUAUUACCCCUCCAUGUACCUGCAGAAAUCUGGGGAGGAGAACAGCCCCGUGAAGAGCGAGCUGAGGAACCGAAGCGCCCCUCCUCGGAGAUCUACCAUCCGAAAUGCUAAGAGCAUUCAUAAGCAGAGCCGGAAGCAGAUCAGCCAGGAGACCUAUAGGCGGAACAGCAAGAAGUAUAUCCAGAGCCGGAGAAACAUGAAGGGCAAUGUCAAGGUCAAGGCCAACAUCAUCGCUGAGAAAAAUGAACAGGAAGAAAACAAGUCCAAGGCUCAACCUGCUGUUCCUCCCCGGCCCAGCAAAGACCUCAUCAUGAAUCGCUGUACGGAGAGCACCAGGAGGAAGAUCAUGUGAGGCCCUCGGCCCCCCAAAACCAAGCAAGUGGAUGCUUUAUCUCUGUCAGCUCCUGUGCAAAAAGGGACUCAGAGGCAGACUGGGCUGGGCCAGACUCUGCUGGGGAAACUACACGGCUCUGAAAAUAGCUGCAAGCCGUGGGGAACUGCAAACUUAGGAGACCGCGGUCCAGGGCCCCACAUUAAUUCAACAGCAUAACAGGUCUGAGAUGUCCUAAAUACAACAUGAGAAACUGGGUGAGCACCGCUCCAUCGGCUUUUCUGGGGGCUGAAGGUUCCCAGAGGCUGUUGGAGAUAUUCUUAAUCAGUAGGCUACUUUUUUAUCCCUCAUGUGUAUUUUGAAUGACUUUAUGGUGUUCACCAAUUACCAGCUUUCUACAGAAAGUGUUUUGAGGCUUCAGUUACUGUGAGAAACCACUUGUGAGCCAACACGUGAAUAACUUGUACAAAGGCAAAUGUAGCAAGAAAAGACACUUUCUCUAUAUAUAUGAUUCAGUGCUUUUUACAGGCUUUCAGUGCUUUUAUUAAUUCAGCCAAACGGCUGAUUAAUAAACAUAU